CUUCUUCCGCCUCCUCCUCCUCCUCCGUUGCCAUUUUAGCUCAAGUGAUUCUUGAGCGGGCAGCCUCCCCUGAGAGGGCAUUCUUGGGCGCGAAGGCGGACACUAUUCGUGCCUUCAUAGGAGGACCUGGGCCCCUCCUCCUGUCUUGCUUUCGCUUCCACACCCAUGGCCACGGUCGAUGCCGCCACGGUCUCGCCUGCGCGCCGCUCCCCAGCGUCGCCUUCUGCUGGUGUCAUCCGCAGCUCCAUGGACAAGGGCAAGAAGCUCGUCAAGCUCCAUCGUCGUGUUCGUCCUCCUGGCUUUGGUGCUACUGGCGGCAGCUCUUCCCCUGCAGCCAUCGCCCUGGACAUGGACGACACCGAUGGCGAAAUGGAGGUCUACCCUGAGCACAUCUGCGUGAUGGUUGCCGAGCAGCUCAGUGCGGAGACGGCCAAGUACCACUCCGCGCUCAACACGCACAUCGGUGACUGCGUCACGUCCACCGUCAAGGCCGAGGCUACUACCAUCCAGCAGUCCCUCGCCUCCAACUUGGACGAGUGCUUCAGCAAGUGCAAGGCCGACCUUGAUGCGCUGCCCUCGAAGCUGGACGCCCAGAUCGUUGCUGCCGUCACGCUGAAGAUCGAUGAUGUCAGGCGCGAGCUCAACACCCGGUGCGACAGCCUCAAAGUGGAAAUCAUGCAGGUCGACAGCCGUGUGGAUGAGCAAGACAAACUACUUCGUGAAAUGCAGGAGCGGAUCAAGCAGCUGCAGAGUGCCUUCGCCGUCGCCAACUCUGCGACGCCAGCUCCUCGUCCUGUUGCAGGCUCGGACACCUUCACGCGCGACACCGAUGAGACGAUCAUCAAGGUCUUCGCGGGCAAGCUCGUCGCCAAGACCGCCGUCCACGAGGUGCUGGCCCCCUGGCUUGAGGAGUCCAGCAUCACCACCGAGCAAUGGGAGCUCACAGCUGCAGGCCCUCUCUCGAAGUACUUCACCAUCAAGCUCAAGGGCGCCGUCGGCCUGGCCACGCGACGGGUCCAGAAGCUGCUGGCCUCGCUGCGCGUUGGCAACACGUGGCGCGCGUUCAACGUGGACGCGCACGCUGGCGGCCAGACCAGGCUACGCCUGUCCCAUGACAAGAAUGCGAAGCAUAUCAAGACGGAGGUCAUCGGCAGGAAGAUGCGCAACAAGUUCGUGGAGCUGUACGGUGCUAAUCAGCGCGUCUUCUUCGAUCGGGAUCGUGGCGGGCUGUCGCUGGGCUGGGGCGCGUUGUGCGAGCUCGAGUGCUUCCCCUGCCGUGAACCGACUCGUGUGUUCUGGAGCCCAGGCACGAUCAACAAGUACUCGGUGCCGAAGGACAAGCUCGUCGAGGCGAUCAAGGAUAUCAUCGAACCUGAGCGUGAGCCUGAGUGGUGCCUUUAGCCGUUUCGCUGCUCUGGUUGGACGCUCGACCGUCCAAUUUUUGUGCGACGCCACUGCAGCCAGUAGCCCUCGAUUCGUCUCGUGGAACACGAGAGCCCUCCUCCAAUUUGAAGGUGCCCACGUUGAUGUUAAAUUGGGGCGCCUCCAGAGGCUCCGACUGGGCUCUUCUGUCACCGCCCUCCAGGAGGCCCACCAGUGCGAGGCCCAACUAGCUGCCUUCCUACGCCGUGCGUUGCCCGAGGCUGCUAUGUUUUCCAUCUUUUGUGGCGCUGACCGUGCGGGGCGGAUGCGCGGCGGCGUCGCCAUUGUCGUUCCUGGUAUUUUGUCGCGAGGCGCCUCCUCGCCGACGCUGCCUGCUGGCGUCACCUCUUCCUUGCAAGUGCUCGCCCCUGGUCGCGUCAUCCGUGUCGCUCUGCAAAAUCAGGACACCACUUCAAUUCAUUACAGCAUUCGCAACCAUGGUUUAUCUUCGGGACAAGUAAGCGAUGUGCGCAGUCAAAUAACUCGGGACCGG